CUAUAUAUUUGUGUGAAUUACAUAUGCGCGAGCACACACAUAUAUAUAGUAUGAAUGUAUAUAUACACAUUAUACAUGUACAUUGAAUCUCGAGGGCUGUUUGUGUAUGGUGAUGACAGACUGACAAGGCGACAGGGGAGCGUGGAGAAGAUAAGGUUCGCAAAAUAAGGACGCGGAUUGGUUUGGGAGUAAAUUCUACAAGGAGUUGUCUCAUAAAUGAAUAUGCCUUUCAAAGAAUUCUUCACUGAAUAUGGUGAGGCGAGUCAGUAUGAGAUCCAAGAGGUUGUUGGCAAGGGAAGCUACGGGGUUGUAGCUGCUGCAGUUGAUACUCAUACAGGAGAGAAGGUAGCUAUCAAGAAGAUCAAUGAUGUUUUUGAGCAUGUUUCAGAAGCUACUCGCAUCAUGAGAGAAAUAAAGCUCCUUCGCUUGCUUCGACACCCUGAUAUUGUAGAAAUAAAACAUAUAAUGUUGCCUCCAUGUCGUAGAGAAUUCAAAGAUAUCUAUGUUGUCUUCGAGUUAAUGGAGUGUGACCUUCACCAUGUGAUUAAGACAAAUGACAACCUGACUCCUGAGCAUUUCCAGUUCUUUUUGUAUCAGCUUCUUCGGGGUUUAAAGUAUAUGCAUUCAGCAAAUGUGCUCCAUCGAGAUUUAAAGCCAAAGAACAUUCUAGCUAAUGCAGAUUGCAAAUUGAAACUCUGUGAUUUUGGGCUUGCUCGGGUGUCAUUUGGUGAUGCCCCAUCUGCUGUUUUCUGGACUGACUAUGUGGCAACACGUUGGUACCGAGCUCCUGAACUUUGUGGUUCCUUCUUCUCUAAAUACACACCAGCAAUUGACAUCUGGAGCAUAGGAUGUAUAUUUGGAGAAAUGCUUACUGGAAAACCACUUUUCCCUGGGAAAAAUGUGGUCCACCAGCUGGAUAUCAUCACUGAUUUACUGGGCACUCCCUCCACUGAAACCAUUUCAAGGAUUCGAAAUGAAAAGGCCAGGAGAUAUUUAAGUAGCAUGAGGAAGAAAUCUCCUAUUCCUCUCUCGCAAAAAUUUCCAGAUAUUGACCCACUAGCUCUUAGACUACUUGAACGUUUAAUUGCAUUUGAUCCGAAAGAUCGUCCAUCUGCUGAAGAGGCAUUGGCAGAUCCAUAUUUUCACGGUUUGGGAAAUGUUGAAGAAGAACCUUCUGCCAGGCCAAUUUCAAGAUUUGAAUUUGACUUUGAAAGGAGAAAACUGACAAAAGAUGAUGUUAGGGAGCUUGUAUACAGGGAGAUUUUGGAGUACCAUCCUCAGAUGCUGCAGGAGUAUCUUCAUGGAAUUGAUCACACUAGCUUUCUGUAUCCGAGUGGAGUUGAUUGUUUUAAGCAACAGUUUGACAAUCUUGAGGAUCACUAUGGUAAAAGUGUCAGAAAUGCUCCAAGGCGAUAUGCUUCCUUGCCUAGAGAGCGGGUCUGUGUUUCCAUAGAUGAGGAUACGGAUCAGGAUGGUGAUUUUGAUCAGCAUGUUGUGGCUGCAGUUGCUCACAGAUGUCUCCCUAGCCCCCGUGCAUCACCGAAGAAUAAGAAAUCGGAUGCUGCUGCUGAUUCAGAUAUAGGUCAUUCUCAGAAUGGUCACUGUAAAACAAACAACAGUGAGCGUUGCUUACUAAGAAGUUCCAGCAUUAGCUUUUCCAAGUGUGUCGGUGCCAUAUGGCAGGACAGCGAGGGUACAGCUUGCAAGCAAAAUGAGAUCAGUAGAUCGUCAAAGGAGCUGGCUGCUUGCAAGCAAUAUGACAAUGGGAUUGGUAGAUCGCCAAAGGAGCUAACAGCUUUGUAUGCUUGAUUCUUCAAUAUGGAUGGAUGGAUGGAUGGAAGUUUUAACUUCUUUCUAAUUCCUGGUAAUUUAAACCUUUUUAUGUUGUGUUGUACUAUUGAUGCGACUAUGAUGUUGGCAACCUUAUAUGCUCCUAUAGCCAUCGCUACUUAGUGCUGUAUGCCUUUAUACUAUGGUUGGCGCUUACUGCUCUUCUAUCGACGAUUAUUAUGUGCUCCCCCCUCCGUAUCUUGCUUCGGUUGUAAUGCUCUGAUGAAGUUGUAAUUAGUGUUUGUCUCAAUAGUAAAUGCUACAUUCAUAUUCCUAUAUGAAGUUCUCCAUCCAUGUUAUUCUUA